AGCCGCCGUCCAAGGUGGGACUUCGGGACGCAGGAGGGGGGAAUCGAGGAUAACAUUUCCAUGGGGCAUAUUGCUUGAGUGGAGCACCCUCCUGGAAAACUGAACAUCAUCAGCUGGAAGAGGUCCCAUUAUCUGAGGUGGAUUCGUUUGUGUGACUGGCUUUUGGCUUGUGAGUGCCAGGUGAAGGGAACUGUAUAAACAGUCUAAUAACAUUCUGGUUUGACCCGAGAAAAGUAGUAUACUGGUAAGGAGAAUGGAAUCUAAAGGAAGCACCCGAAGUGGAAACAAGCCUGAUACCAAGAUUGCCAGCUCGGGAAAACCUGAGAAGCCUAACCCUGGCCCCACCACAACUACAGAUAAGAAAGAAACUCCACCUAAGGAGCAGCCAGCCCCUGCCGCCACAACUCCAGCCAAAAAAGUGGCGGUGGCGGCGGCGGCGGCAGCCAAUGAGGCCACAGGGGUGAACAACCACAGCAAUGUGAAACCUGGCUCUGCUGCGGCAGCAGUGGAGGGUCCUGAAAGUGUGAGUCACACUGCUGAUUCUGAGCACAAAGGGAACAAUGCAGAGGAAUCUCCAGGCAACAGCAUCUUUGAGAACAUGAAGCCUCUGAUCAUUGUUGGAGGAGCAGCAGUGGCUGUCAUAGCUGUGAUUGUGGGAGUGGCCGUCUUAGCCCGAAAAAAAUAAGUCCCAAGAAGCACAGGGCAGACACCCUGGGCCAUGUACAGUUCCUUUUGAAAUAAAUGCAUGCAGUAAACUCUAUACAUAUCUAUAAAUAUACAGUAUAUAGAGCAAGAGCUAGCUAGGUGAAAAGUGCAACACUGGCAAUUGUCUGGUUCAAGACCAAUGUGCUAUUGUUGACACAGUGUGAGCACUCAGUGUACUUGUGCUCUUGUGUAAUAUAAUUCAGCUUGCACUAGUGUGUAUAGAAGGCUUCUUUCAAUCAGUACAAACAACUGUGUUUCCUUCCCACCUUUCCUCCAAAUGUUUAAAUUUAGCUCCUGUGAGACAUUCAGAGUCUUUUGCUUUGUUAUGUUGGGUUGUGGUAGAGCGGAUGAAAGGGCGUCUCCCGCCAACAGGGUCACCUGUUACCAUAAAAGUACAGCAUCCUGCAACUGUGCAAGAACAUUACAAGAUACAUAAGAAGGAAGUAUUUUACUUAAUCUAAGGAGUCCCCAUCACUCGUGCCCUCCACCUUCCAAAGAGCAUCAAAGUGCACUCCCUUACCUGUCAUCCCGAUUUUGAAAGUAGAUAGCCUCAGGAGGCCAUGAAAGUUCAUGAAGAAAGCAUGGCCUACUGAGAUCUACAGUGUAACCUGCAGCCCACCAGACAUCAUAUAAACCUUGUUUUCGGACCAUAAUGUAGUACUGCUGACGGUAGCAUGGCCGCUGAUCUCAUUGAGGUUUGGAACUUAAAACAUUCCUUCUGGACAGACAUGACAAGUAUUACUCUAAAGCAGCUGUUUAUGCUCUGGAAAGCUACCAUUGUAGAGUGUAGAUGCCUUUGACAGAGAGUGCUUCUCCCUCCAUAUAUUAAUUUCAAAGCAUAUGAAAGAGAACUUCUGUGGACAUGGAUGUUGGAUUAUUGCUAGCACUGUUUCAUAGAAGGCUGAGCUGUCAUUGUGUGUUGUGCAAAGGGAAGAAGAGGAAAAAAGAAGCAGUUCUAACAGUAUGUAACAUAAGGGUUUGUUAUAUUUUCUCUUUUGGGAUGACAAUGCUCCUUCUUUCCUCCCCCUUUCAGCUUGUGGCCUACCAGCAUCUGGAUGAUGGGUUUGGAAAUAUUUGUGUAUUAGAGUGUCCUGUCCCUGUGCAAAGAUUAGACUGGAUGGAUGAACUUCAAUUGACACUUGUAACUCCCAUACAGGAGGGACAAGAGGAAUGUAUCAUCCCUUUUGUUUUACUGGAAAUCACACAAAUUCAUUAGUACUAAUAUUUUUCUUCUUAUUUGAACUGACCAGUGUGUAAGAUGAGAGGAAUUUCCUGUAUUCACUAUUGGCUUCCUGAAAUGCUGAAAGCAGACCUUGAGAUGGAAAAGAAGCAGAGGGAGGUGAAGUAAAGUAGCUUUGCCUACCAAAGAUUUACCCAUGACCAUAGGGACACUGGAAUGUAGAAUGGAUUAUAACCAUUCCAAACAAGAAGCUUCCAACAUUUUUGCUUCAACUACAUCAGUGGAAAAAGUGGUUAUGAAAAUCUGACAAGCUUUUUCGAAGUACUUAAAUAGAUUGAACUUGUCUUUUGCAACACUAUUGUUGCUACUGUUAGGUCAGGAGAUACAUGAACAAACAAGUUUCCAUCCCAGUGUGCAGUUGUUCAGAAAUCAAUGUGGGAACUAGAUUUUUGCAUUUUUAGCCAAACUCUAAUUCUAAACCCAGAAUGAUUCUGAACUAUGUUGUGAAGGUGAUGGUGGCAGGACUACAUCAUCUUGAAGAACAACUUUUUCUCUCUCUUUCUCUUGUAGUGAUGGCUGUGAUGUGAUAGGUUAGGUCUAUAAGGGAAUCAUUCACGAACAGCUGUUGCUCAGUACUGUGGUGUUCCACUGUCUUGAAUCAUUGUCCAGAUCCCUCUCCCCUUGCCAGUCUGAAAACACCUGUAUUUUUGUGUGUAUAUAUAUAAUCUUUCCUACCCCUGCCUUAUUUGGGAAUAUCUCUGUGUAUAUAUAUAUUACAGUUUACUAGAGUCUUUGUAAAGCUACAAACCCUGUAUUCUUUGUACAAAAAAGCAAAAGACAACCAUUAUUUGCACACCUGCAUUCACACAAAGUGUCCAUCUUUUGUGCCACUUGCAUUCCAUCACGCAGCAUCUGGACCCAUGGUUUCUUUCCAAUAAAAGAAUGUAUGGUUGGGCAACUUAUGAAUGUAUGAUCCCUCUUGUGUUAGGAGCUGAAAACUACUGCUUCUAAAUAGUCCUUUCAAAAUAAUAAAUCUCAGCCAGUGCAAAGCAUCCGUUGCAGCUGGCAAAAGUUGCUCUGCCCCAGCAUUGCAUCUGGGGUGUGUGGCAAUGUGUGCAACAAAAUUCCUCACUAAAGAUGUGUAGGCUGUUGUGUCAUUCUAGCCAUUGCCCAUCUUUGGGUCCUCCACCUCAACUGUUUCUGCGUUGAUGGUUCUGGGUACACAGAUGCAGGAAAUGGGAUGUUGUGAUGCCAGCUGAGUUUUGUGCAUAACACGUAUAUAAAUCUUCAACUUAUUUCAUUGCAGUAACAAAGGCAUCCUUCCCUCAUAAUGCCAAUGCAAUUCUGAUGGGGAAAGCAUGCAUUUAAACCCUCCCCCCACUCACUAAAGCUUUGCUUGUAAGUAUGGAUCUUCUUGCUGUGGAUAACGCUGGUCAUGUGUCUAGUGGCAAGUGAUACCAUUGCCAGCACUGACAGUGUGCAGACUUCUUGCAUACAUAAAAGAGGCUGUGCAGUAUGGAACAUUUUGAUUCAGAUUUGCAUCACCCAUUAAUUAUGCAAAACCUGUCAUUAGU